AUGAGGCAUAGCUUUGCAACUGGCCAGUUUGUACUGAUCUAUUCGAUCAUCGUACUAAUUUAUAAAUUCUUCGACUGUCAUGACAUUUGCACAAAACCUGAAUUACGGUAUUACGAAGAAGUAAUUUUUGAAAGUGAUGCAUAUGAGUAUUCUCAUCACUAUUAUUAUUCCCAGACAAUCCGCUCUAAUCAGUCUCUUCCAGUUAUUCGCGGCAGGUUUGAAACGUUGAAUGCUGAUAAAGAAAUUUAUGCGAAAUUCCCGUUUACGUUUUACGGUGCUACAGUCAUCAAAUUCCAAUUACGCACUUCUGAGGAAUUAUUAGCCGUCAGACAAUACUCUUCUCCAGAAGCUGAUGGUAAAAAUUUCCAAGGUGAUUGA